AUGUGGCUAAGCCGCGCUUCGUUCGAAGGAGAUGGUGAUCGGAACCACUACAAAAGGAUGGCGCUACCGAGAUGUCAAGUGGACACCAUCGCUGUUGGUGGGUGUGUGGUCGAUGUCUGCACAUGUCGUUCCGUUAGACGAUUUCCAUGCCCAUCGACGAUGAUCUUUCUUCACGAGAAGAUGAAAUUCCUCGUCGUCGCGACAGUUCUGGUCCUAUCGUUCAUCGCUGUUGCCAACGCAAGCUACUGGCGUUAUGCUCAUUCUGGCAACUCUGCUAAAUAA